AAUGGCUAUAAAUAGCGAAGCAGUUGAUGAGUCCAUUUACGCCUCACCUCAUCUCUCAUUCAUCACCAAUAACAUUCUCUCCUCACUUUCUCUCUCAUCAACCACACACCUUCCUCUCUCUCUCUCUAGAACUACUAUUAAUCCCAUCUUCUUAGCAAACACACCAAAACAGAAAAAAGAAACAGAAACACAAAAUGGUGGUUCUCUCAAAACCGGCAAUAACCCAACACUUCUCCAAACCCAAGCACACCGCCGCCGCCGCCGCCGCCGCAUUGUCGUUCCCCGGUGUGCCGCUAAUAGACCUAUCAAAACCCGACCCGCAAACCCAGCUAGUCAAAGCCUGCGAGGAAUUCGGGUUCUUCAAAGUCACCAACCACGGCGUACCAAUUCAUUCCAUCAGAGAACUCGAAGCACAAGCCGUUAAGUUCUUCUCUCUCCCCAGCUCCGACAAGUCCAAAGCCGGCCCGCCCGACCCGUUUGGCUACGGCGACAAGAAAAUCGGACUCAAUGGCGACGUCGGCUGGGUCGAAUACUUACUCUUCACCACCAACAACCAAUCUUCUUACCACAAAUUCUCCUCCAUUUUCGGCGAAGCCGCCGAAAAUUUCCGGUGUGUGGUGAAUGAAUAUGUGGCGGCGGUGAAGAAAAUGGCGUGUGAGAUACUUGAAAUGCUGGCGGAGGGGCUGAAGAUUCAGCAGAGGGAUGCUUUCAGUAAGCUGUUAAUGGAUGAGCAGAGUGACUCUGUUUUCCGGCUGAAUCAUUACCCGCCGUGCCCGGAGUUUAAAGAAUCCAACGGCAGGAAUUUGAUCGGGUUCGGGGAGCACACCGACCCGCAAAUUAUCUCCGUUUUGAGAUCCAACAACACUUCCGGCCUCCAAAUCUCCCUCAAAGACGGCAACUGGAUUUCCGUUCCCGCCGAUCAAGAUUCCUUCUUCGUUAAUGUUGGCGACUCGCUGCAGGUAAUGACAAAUGGGAGGUUUAAGAGUGUAAAGCAUAGAGUAGUGACAAACACCUCAAAAUCAAGGCUAUCAAUGAUUUACUUUGGAGGGCCACCGUUGAGUGAGAAAAUAGCACCAUUGCCAUCACUAAUAAAAGGGGAAGAAGAUAGUUUGUACAAGGAGUUUACAUGGUUUGAGUACAAGAAAUCUGCUUAUAAGUCAAGAUUGGCUGAUAAUAGGUUGGGUCUAUUUGAGAAAAUUGCAGCCUAGCUCAUAAUUUAAUUAUAAUAUAUGUUUCAUUUCAUUAAUUAUUCAAAGUUUGCAUGUAUAGUGGGGGUUUUAGUUAGUUUUAUUGUAGGUGAUUGAUUUUUUUUUUUUUUUUCCUUUUACAUUUAUAGAUGGUAAACUUUGUACCUUUUUUUUAAUUGUUAAAUUCACACAUCGUGUAAAACUUUUCUUGUUAAUAAUACAAGAAAUUACAUCAAGUGCGUAA